AUGGAAAGGCAUCAGAUGGUGGUGUAUUUCAAGAAAGUUUUUUUUGAAGCAGUAGAAAACAAUACUCUAAAUACCCCAGAUGAUGUUGUUUUUGUAGCUGAUGUCGCAUUUCUGAUCAAGACUUAUUUGAUGAAGCCAUACAACAGAAGAAAUUUAACAAGAGAACAAGCAAUUUUCAACUAUAGAUUAUCCAGGGCUAGAAGAAUAUCAAAAUAUGCUUUUAGUAUACUUGUGAGCAAAUUUAGAAUUUUUGAAAGACCAAUCCCAUUGAUACCUCAUAAAGUCAAUAAAAUUGUUCUCGCUUGUUGUGCAAUACAUAAUUGGUUAUGA